UUCUUUUUGGAGUUGAGUUCCUGGGCUCCUCUUCUGAACUAUGCCUAAAGUAGUGUCGCGGUCGGUGGUCUGCUCCGAUACUCGGGACCGGGAGGAAUAUGACGACGGCGAGAAGCCGCUCCACGUCUACUACUGUUUAUGCGGCCAGAUGGUCCUGGUGCUGGACUGUCAGUUAGAGAAAUUGCCCAUGAGGCCCCGGGAUCGGUCCCGUGUGAUUGAUGCUGCCAAACACGCCCACAAGUUUUGUAACACAGAAGACGAGGAGACUGUGUAUCUCCGGAGGCCUGAAGGCAUUGAACGGCAAUACAGGAAGAAGUGUGCAAAGUGUGGACUACCACUCUUCUACCAGUCCCAGCCGAAGAAUGCUCCAGUGACCUUCAUUGUGGAUGGAGCAGUAGUCAAGUUUGGCCAAGGUUUUGGGAAAACGAAUAUAUAUACUCAGAAACAAGAGCCUCCUAAGAAGGUGAUGAUGACCAAACGGACUAAAGACAUGGGCAAGUUCAGCUCUGUCACUGUGUCUACCAUUGAUGAAGAGGAAGAGGAGAUUGAGGCUAGAGAAGUUGCUGACUCGUAUGCCCAGAAUGCCAAAGUGAUUGAAAAACAGCUGGAACGCAAAGGCAUGAGCAAGAGGCGGCUGCAAGAGCUGGCUGAGCUGGAAGCCAAGAAAGCUAAAAUGAAGGGGACCUUGAUUGACAACCAGUUCAAAUGACCAGGAUCUUUCUCUGUGCACAGUCUGGAGGCAAACAUUUAGAGCAGGAGGAAAAAGAACUUUUUCUUGACUAUGUGGACUGGUUCCUACCUUUGUGCCCUAGCAGAGGGCUUCGUGUUGCUUCCUGUUGAUUCUCCUAUAUUCAAUAUAUUCAAUGAGGUCUUUAACUGAGUCCAUUUGCCCUGUUUCCAGCUCAAGAGGGUGGGAAAAUUAAUAUUCCAGGAGAUGGAUUUCUCUAAAUCUUUCUAUAUAUAGGUUUUCUGUACUAUUUUUUGUCCACUAGGCAUGUGAUGUUAACUUCUACAGCUGUGUAGAAACUAUAUGAAUAGAUCACUGUUGAGUGUCACUACUUUCUAAAGUGGCUGUUUUUCUUCCUUCUUCAAAGUUAAUAAAAUAUAAGAUUUUUGAGGAAAACAUUAAGGUAUGUCAUAGAGAAGAGCAGCAUGAAUUAUAUUUAAAGUUACAGCAAGUCAAAUCCUUUUAAGUGACUCCGUAUCUGUUUGUUCUUAAAAUGGCAGUUAUUGGCUAUGGUUUGAAUCUUUCUACUGUUUGAGGAAAUCCAUGAAAAAAAAGCCAGAGGGGUGGGGGCCCUGGGAAGGCCCAGUGUUGCGUCAUGUUACCAUCUUCCCAGUUACUUUCUUGAAUUCAGUCAGGUCUUUGCAAGGGAAUCUUCCCCUGCACCUCAUUUCCAGUCAUCAUUCUGAGAGAUAAUUAACCAUCAUGUGGGUGACCAUCCAUAACCUCUUCACAAUUCCUUAACCUCAACUCCAGACAAUGACCUUUACCUUCCCUCCACUUAGCCACAAACUCCCAUGACCACAGCCUGGAUCUGGUCUAGGCCACCUCUGAAAUCCGGUAUUCUAUUCCCAGACCAUGAUCUCCUAUCUUUGCUACUCUCAUACUCUCACUUCUGUUGAACCUGUUUUGUUUUGUUUUAGUUUUGAAGGUUGAUUAUUUUUCUAGUAGUAAUAGUGAUAAAUAGUAGUAAUAACAAUAGCAUUAAUACAAGCUACUUUUUAUUCAGUACUUACUAUGUGUUAGGUGCUGUGGAAAACACUUAAAAGUAUUAUCUUAAUCUAAACAACAUAGUAAUCCUGUGAGGUAGAUUUAAUGGUUAUUGUUAUUUUACAAAUGAGGACUCUGAGGCUCAGAAUGUUUGUUUCCCAAGAUCCUGUAGCCAGUAAGUGAGAAAGCCAAACUCUGACUAUAGAACCUAAGCUCUUAACUACUGUGCUGAACUGCUUCUUCUGAGGGAUUUAAAAAUAUAUAUUGUUAAGAACAGAUCACAAUUUUAUUUUGAGAAACCAAGUGCAAAAUAAGGACAUUGCAUAGAGGACUCCCAAUAGCAAAUGUGUGGUUACCUUUCCACAUAUCUUCUGAAAUAUUUGUCCUCAGAUACUGGUUCUAAAUGAUUUCAACAUCUGGUUCAAAUUAUGCAUUUUGCUUCAUCUAUAAAACUGUAAGAGGUUAUAUCAUUAGCACCAGGAAAGUAUGUGCUUUUCAUUGUGUUUUUGUCUAUUCAUGUUGAAAUAGUUACUGAAAAACCAUGAUGGUUUCUCUAUUCUCUUUAUUUACUUGUAAUAUUUUAGUAGCAAAUAAUAGUGUUUUAUUGUUAGUAUAAAGAGACAUUGAAAUUCUGCAGUCUUAUUUUUUUAUUUGCGAUUAUGAAAAAACUGAUAAAUAUUAAGAUGUUGCAGAAUAUUAUACUUCCAAAUGUCAUCAAUUAUUGUUUAACAGAACUUGAGAAGCUUUUUAAAAACUAGCUUGUCUCUGUUGACCAUUUUAGGUCCCUUAACACUACGGGUAAUCUUUUUUUAAGGAAAAAUUUCCCUUGUUGGUUUUCUUUGGUGUUUUAUUCUGGUUCUUCUCUACCUCUCUGACUGCUCCUCUCAUUCACUCAAUUUUAACACAGUUGUCUUUCAAACCACAGUCCAUUACACUUGAGUGUUUACUGUUCAUUCAGGAAAACAAAAAGUGUCACUUACAGUGGUAUAAGUGUCACUUACAGAAACUUAAUCCUCCUAUUUUCUCCCAGAAUUGCAGUUCCAUCAUCACCUUGCUUCUUUUUGACCUGUGAUCCUGUGAUUAAUUAUCUGAAUUCUUCUCACUAGCACCUUCAACUCUCUUACCUCCUUUACAAAAAAAACUUUUAAUUUUUGAAUACGUUUAGAUUUCAGAUUUACAGAAAAGUUUCAAAGAUAGUGCAGAGUUCCUGUAUACUCUUCCCUCAGCUUCCCCUAAUGUUAACAUCUUACAGAACCAUGCUACAUUUGUCAAAAACCAAAAAAUUAACAUUAGUACAGUAACAUUAACUAAACUACAGACUUUAUUGGGAUUUCACUAGUUUUUCCAUUAAUGUUCUCCUCUUUCUGUUCCAGGAUCCAAUCUGGGAUCCCACAUUGCACUUAGCCGUCAUGUCUCCUUAGUCUUUUCCACUCUGUGACAGUUUCUCAGUGGUAUCUUGUUGUGGUUUUACUUUGCAUUUCCCUAAUGCCAAAUAAUGUGAAGCCUAUUUUCAUAAGCUAAUUUUCAAUCUGUAUGUCUUCUUUGGUGAAGUGUCUGCUCGGAUCUCUUGCCCAUUUUUAAAAUUGGGUUGUUUGUUUUCUUAUUGUUGUUUUAAGAAUUCUUUAUAUAGUCUGGAUAUGUCCUUUAUCAGAUACGUGAUUUGCAACAUCUGCCAGUCUGUGGCUUGUCUUUUCAUUCUCUUAACAAUGUGGUAUCUUUCAUGACCCAGGAUCAUGCAGAUUUUCUUCCAGAAGUUUUUAUAUUUUACAGUUAUGUCUGUGACCAGUUUUGAGUUAAUUUUUAUAUAAGGUGUGAGGUAUGUGUCAAGGUUCCUUUUAUAUAUAUAUAUGAAUGUCCAGCUCUAGCACCAUUUGUUAAAAAGACUCCUUUCUCAAUUGAAUUGAGCUUUAAUGCCUUUGUCAAAAAUCAGUUUACUCUAUUUCUGGUGUUUCUGUUCUGUCUGUUGAAUUACAUGUCUACAUUGUCUUGAUUAUUACAGCUUUAAUAGUAAGUACUGAAAUCAGGUAGUGUGUGUCCUCCAACUUUGUUCUUUUUUAGAGUUGUUCUGGCUAUUUAGUUCCUUUGUCUUCCCAUAUAAAUUUUAGAAUCAGCUUGUUGGGGUCUCCAAAAUUCUUGCUGGGAUUUUGGUUGGGAUUGUAUAAAAUCUACAAAUUAGGGAGAAUUGACAUCUUCAUAAUGUUGAGUCUUCCAACCCAUGAACAUUGUGUAUGUCUCCAUCUGUUUAGGUCAUCUUUGAUUCCUUUCCUCAGAGCUUUUUGAGUAUAGAUCCUAUAUGUAUUUUGUUUAAAUUUAUACCUUAGUACUCCAUUUUUUUUUUUCUGGUGCUGAUGUAAAUCUUACUCCUUUUACUACUAUAACAUCUGUCUUGUAAACUCCCAGUUUAGAAUCAAUCAUACAUUCUGCUUUGGCUGAUCUUUUACCCAAAUAGUUGAGUAUCCAUGAGGAAAAUCUUGUAAGUGGGUGAGUGCUUGGCACAGUGAAUUUAUGGUUCCAACAUCAGAUGGGUUCUCAUCACACCUAGUCAUUCCUUCUACUAUGUGUUUUUGGUCAGCAGCUCCCCUGUUUCCCUCAGAAACUAUUUAGAGUCUUCACCACUUUCCCCAAACCUCUCCCUGCAAGCCCUCUCAGGCAGAUGAUUUCCUUUAUCUGUGACAGCAAGAAAAUAGGGGCACACUUACUAGCAUUUGCUCCCAUCCUUUUCUCUUUCCAGUCUUAGAGGUAGAGGUGGCCUCUUCCUGCUCAAGGCUAAUACACUGCCUUUUAUUCAAUUCAACUAAUACAUAUUGAGUAGCUAUUAAGUGCCAGGUAUUGCACCAGGAGCUGGAGACAUAGUGUAGAACAAAGGAGCUCACAUUCUAGGGGCAGGGGUGACAAACAAACAAGUAAACAGGAAAAAUACCAGUUAAAAUAGUAUUAUGGGAUAGAGACUGAUGGGUAGUUAAGGAUGGACUCUGAGGAAGAAACAUUGGAGCCAAACAAGAUCUGAAGGAUGAGGAUGAGCCAGCUAUGUAAAGAUCAGAGGGUAGGGGGAAGCAUUUCAGAUGAUGGCAAUAAAAAGUAAAGCUUAGUAUGUUGAAAGAACGUGUUGAAGGAACGGAAAGAAGGCCAAUUUGACUAGACUGUAGUCAGUGAGAGAGAGUGAAUGGCAAGAGAUGAAGUCAGAAGAAUGAGCAGAAGUCAGGUCACAUAGGGCCUUGCAUGCCAGAGUGAGAAUUUUGGAUAUUAAAAGUACAGUGGGGAAAUAUUGGAGGCUUUUAAGCAGAGGAAUAACAGGACAUUGCUGUUGUUUUAAAAUUAUUCUAGAAUGGUUUGUUGUUGAGAGGCAAGUACGGAAACAGGGAGACCAGUUGGGAGACUUGAAGUAGUCCUGGUGAGAGAAGGUAGUGGUUAGAUCAGCUAAUAAAGCCAGAGUUGGAGAAAAGUGAAUGGAUUUGAGAUGUGUUUUGGAAGUUUUAUAGGACUAGCUGGUAGACUGGAUGUGGGAGGUGAGGGGAUGAGGGGAAUCAAGGAUAACUCCUAGAUUUUUUGGCUUGAAUAACUGGGUGAACUGAAGUGCCAUUUACUGAGAUGGGGAAGAACAGUUUCAGGCGGGAAGUCAAGAGCUCCGUUUUGGACAUAUUAUGUUUGAAAUGCAUAUUUGUUAUUUAAGUGGUGAUAUCAGGUAUGCCAUUGGAUAUAUAGUCUGGAGCACAAUUGAGGAGGUCCAGCUAGAGAUUAAAAGUCAGGAGUUUUCAAUAUAGAGAUGUUAUUUAAAGCCACGAGACAGAGACAGGAUGAGAUCAGCAAGGAAGUAAGCGUAGAUAGCAAAGAGAGGAGGUCCAAGAAUCAAGUCCUGGGGCACUCCAUCAUUUAAUAGUCAAGAGAUGAGGAGAAAUCGGCAAAGAAGACGAGAAGGAGUGGCUAGUAAGGUUGGAGGAAAACAGAGUGAAGUGUCCUAGAAGCUAAGAGAAGCAAAUCUUUUAAAUCAGUCAGGGUCCAGUCAAAAAAACAGAAACCACACUCAGAAUUUUAAACAGAAAUAAUUUAACAGGAGAAAUUGGUUAAUCCAGUGAUGGAAGAGCUGAGAAACCAAAGAGAAGAUGGAGAAUUAGCCUAGAGAUUUAGCAACAGCAGGAAGCUGCUUCAUAUCUAGGACUGGAGAGACAAAAGUAGAAGGUAAUGUUACCCAAGUCCAGGAUCAGGGGCCACCUAGUAGAAGCUGGGUGCUUCUACCACCCAGCAGAAGCAGGAAGGCCAGCCCAGCAGGAGCUCGGUCCAUGGAGAGAGGGGCUGUCCAGUGGGAGCCACAUAGGAGAUACAGUCACUGCUAGAGAUGAUACCUAAAACAGAAAGGAGAGAAAUACCCUGACUUUUUUCCUUCUCCUGUUCUCCAUUCUUCUGCCAUUAAUUCCCAUUGGCCAAACCUAUCAGGAAGUGAGAGGGGAAGGGAGCCUAGGAAUAGCAGUUGUCUGCUAUACACAACAGAGCAGGGGAAGAGGGGAAUGGAUGGGAGAGCAAAUAGGCAAAUGACCAGCACAUGUUUAAAGCAGGAGGAAAUGAUCAUCUGUGUCAAAUGCCACAUGUAAGAUGAAGAUUUGGAAAUGACCAUUGCACUUGCCAAUGUGGAGGCCACCAGUGACCUUGUUAAGAGCAGUUUCAAUAGAGUGGUUUGAACAAAAGCCUGACUGAAGUGAGUUCAAAGGAGAAUGGGAGAAGAGGAAUUCGAGGCAGUAAAUAUAGACAACAUCUUUGGGAAGUGCUGUAAAAAGGGAAGGAAAGAAAUGGAGUAGUGUGUCGAGGGGGAAAUGAGAUUGACAAUAGGUAUUUUCAAGAUGGAAGAAAUAACAGCAUAUUUGAAUGCUGAUGGGGAAAAGGCCAAGAGAGAAGUAAAAGUUGAUAGGGCAGGAGAGAGAGGAGAAUUACUGGAGUGAUGUGCUUGACUAGGCAGGAGGGAUUGGAUCUGGUGCAGAAGAAAAAUAGAAACUCAGAGUCAUGGAAUCUUCAUCAUUCAAGGUUGGAAAGAACCUUAAAGAUCAUGCGCUCUAACCUUCUCCUGUAUGCAGAAAUUCCCUGUGCAGCCUCCCUGACACAUUCUGGUCCAGGCUUUGCUUGAAAGUCUCCAGUGAUGGUAAACUUACAACCUCCCAAAGUGGCCAUUUUCAUUUUAAGACAGAUAUAAUGGUUAGAAAAUUUUUCAUCUUCAAAACAACUGGAUGCAAUCAAUGCCUUGUUCUGGAUUGGGUAAUGGUUUGGAUAAACCAGCUGUGAGGAAUCAUUUGGGGGUCAGUUGGGAAAAUGUAAAUAUGGGGAUUUAGAUGAGAAGAAAAUUUAUUAAAAUGUAAAGGUGGAGAUUGUUGUAAAAGUUCUAAAUAAAAUUUUAGAAAAUAGAAUCCAGAUAAAAUUCUACAAGCAUUUUCAUUAAUGUCAGGAAAAAGAGUAGAAUGCUUGCUAUCAUUGCUAUUAUUCAACAUUAUUCUAGAAGUUCUACUUUAAGAAAAAUGAGGGGUAUAAAUAUUUAGAAGAAAGUGGCAAAGUUAUCAUUGUUUUAAUUAGGCUCAUUUGGAUGCUAUGUUCCUAGCAUACUCUAGUUAUCUUGAAUGAUGUGGAUCUAUUAUAAGGAUAUAAAUGGGAAUAAGGAACUAGGAAUAGAAGAAAACUUAGAAAAAAAAUCCUACAGCAAACAUCAUACUUAAAAGCUUGCCUUCUGCAACUGGAAAUGAGAUGAGGAUUCCCAGUGUUAACCAUUGUAUUGGAAUUCCUAGCCAGUGCAAUGAGAAGAAAAAAAAAAUAAAAGGCAUAAUGAUUGGAAAGGAAGAAAUAACACUGUCAUUAUUUGCAGAAAGCACAAUUCUAUACUUAGAAUAUCCAAAAGAAUUGAAGAAUAAAAUAUUAGAAUUAAUAACUGAAUUUAGGAAGGUUGCUGGACAUGUGGGCAAUAUAGAAAUUCAAUUGUAUGUCUGUAUACAAGCUGUUGGAAAUGAAAAUUUAAAAAUACAAAUGUUAUACCAUUACAAUAGCAUAAAAAUACCUAGGGAUAAUCUAGGAAAAGAUGUACAAGGCCUUUACAUAGAAAACUUUAUAAAAAUUAUUUAGAAAACUUAAAACCUAUAUAAAUGGAGGGAUAGACCAAGUUCAUGGAUUGAAGACUCAGUAACUUUAAGGUGUUAGUUCUCCCCAAACUGAUUUAUAGAUUCAAUGAGACCCCAGUCAAAAUCCCAACAGUUGUGUAUGUGUAGGGGUGGGGGUGGGGGGACUUGACAAGCUAAUUUCAAAUUUAUAUGGAAAUGAAAAAAUCCAAUAGCCAAGACCCUCUGAAGAACAAGUUGGGAGGACUUGUUCAAAUAGAUGUUGUAUUAUAAAGUGAAAGUAAUUAAAAAACCAUGUGGUAUUUGUCCAGUGAAAGACAUAUCGACCAAUGGAACAGACUAGAGUCGAGUCCCCAAAACAUACUCACACAUAUGCAGUCACCAUAUAUACAACAAAGGUGCCACUGCUAUUCAGUUGGGAAAGGAUUCUUUUUCAAUAAAGAGACCAUUGGCUAUCCAUAUGGAGAAAAAGAAAACUUGACUCCUACCUCAGAUAACCACAAAAAUCACUUCCAGGUAGAUUGUGGAUCUAAAUAUGAAAGGCAAAAGAGUAAAGCUUCUAGAAAAUAAUAUAGCAAAAUAGUUUCAUCAUCUUUGGGAAAUGACCUUUUAAUGAAAACAUAAAAAGCAUGUCAGGAGUGUGUACUCACUGUUUAGUAUGUUUUACUUGCAGUAAACUGAUCUCCAAAGAUUUUCUUUUGAAAACAUUCCCCUCAAUUUUUACAUUCCUUACUGUUUUACUAACUAUUAAGUGUUCUUUGACAAUUUUGGUGCUCAUGUGUUGGGGAGCAGGGGGACAAAAGUAAAAUGAAUCUGUCACUACAUCAGAAAGUUUGUUUUAAACUCACAGAUCAAAUGUGCCUUAAUGAAUUUUUUUUUCAUUUAGAUUUCACACUGAUAGGAUUACCAUUUUAAUAC